AUGGCUGCCGCCGAACCCACCCCUACCCCCUUCCCUCACUUCUCCGACAUCGUCCUUGCCUCCGAUCGUGCACAGCUCGCAGGUCUCUCACACACCGAGGUGCAAUCUUGGACAAAAUCCCGAUCUGAGCAUUACCGCCGCCUUGCGCUGGGCCUGCCCGGCAUCCGUAACUUCGUCGACCCCAUAGAUCACGUCCUCCCCACCGAGACAAAAUCCCGAUCUAAGCAUUACAACCGCCUCGCGUUGGGCCUUCUCAGCAUCUGCAACUCCGUCUCCCUCAUAAAUCGCAUCCUCCCAACCGAGAUGCUCUCCGAAAUCUUCGCACACUGCUGGACAAAGAAACACAGCAGGAACAUUCGCGUCACCCGUGUUUGUCGCCUCUGGCGUGAGAUUACACACAAGAGUCCUCACUUCUGGGCCGCCGCCGUCUCAUCCGAUACGAUGUUCAACUUCGAAGGAUGGGAAGGGUGGACGACGGAAGCACUCGAAGCGCGUCAGACCCAUCUUGUGACAAGUAUUUCCCGCACCGGGACCAUGGCACUACACCUUGUUAUGCGCGGAUUCCCUGCCUUUGUUACCGGAGCUCUAGUACCCCACGUUGCGCAGCUGGUGGAACUUGAUAUCGCCCUCCGGAAUCUCGAACAACUCUCCGCCUUCCAUAGGUUUCUUUGCAUAGAGUUGCCGAACCUCACCUCUCUCCGCAUAGGACCAGGCUCUCUUCCCAACAAGCGCGCUCUUUGUUCGGAGAAAGAAUUGGCGGCCACGUUUUACCCCAUCGAUAUACGAUCUCUCACUACCACGCCUCGUCUACGGACCCUACACCGCGUCCCCAUGGACCUUCUUCCAUUCUUGGUCCGCCCAACCCUGCAGUCCAUUUACGUCACUCCACCGAUGUUCACCCUCAGAGAUAUUGGUCUACGAAAGCUCCAGGACGCGUUUUCCACCUGUCCAGCCCUCUUGAAUCUCACAAUUUCCAUAUCAGAAAACAGCCGCAUUCAAUGGGUGCACAAUGUGAACAACAUGGCCACGCCGUCUGAGACCCUACCACUUCCCCCACGCCUCCAAAACCUAACCGUCCAUGCACAAGAAGGGGUGAUGGCCCACUAUCUUAACGCACUCGCGUCCAACCCUUAUGCUUCCGUCGAGCUCCGUAUUCCCCAUGCAUUUAUGUUCGACGACCGCGGUAGCAUGCUCCCCGAUCGGGAUAUUCUCGACUUCAGCCCCCCAGUCACCACCGUCUUCAUACAAGAACACCUGCGAGAGGAAGUAGGGACGCUCGAGGCGACCGCCGAGUUUUACGAUGACUUCAACAAACGCGUUCUCCGCACUGUCUUCGUGUACACGCGCAAGUACCCUGGCAUGUCCCCGGAAUACCACCGGCUCUUCGAAAGGUCCUCCAGGUCCACACACAACAUCACCCAUUUGACCAUACGCACCCUCCAUCCUAUGAAAGUCGACAUCUUCAACUCCCUCCCACACCUAACUUUUCUCGACCUCAGAGGGCUGAGCAUCGGCGACACGCUGUCCCGCUUGUCAGGCCCUGUGGUGUCUGCAUCCACCUCGAAGCUCGAUACAAUGUUUGUCACCUUCGACCGCGUGCCAGAGGGGCUGCCCAUGCGAUCCCCAGACGAGACCACGGUGCGGAUGUGGGACGCGCGGUCCGCAGUCCGCGCGCUGACCGCAAUGCUCGCGAAGCGGGCCGAGCACGGUCGCGCGCGCCGGCUGUCCCGGCUGGUGUGGGGCGUGCGCCCGCGGACGGCGGUGGAGGUGUGGACGGAGAUGGGGCGGUUGUGCGUCGAUCAUUGGUUUUUGCCCAACAUCGACAAGGAGGUCCGCGGCUGGUCGUACCCAAGAGAUAAGGAGCUGGAGGAGGGCGCGGUCAGUAAAUUUGAAUUGAACCGCUUGCGGAAGCUGGUGGAUGGUUCGGUCGAGCGCAGGAACUAUGGAUAG